UUAUCACAGCGCUGUGCCUCCGUGCGUACCGCACUUCGUGUGCCUGAACUUUUAUCUCCCAUCUCCAGCGGUCACAGGGAGCUUCCCCGUGCUGCAUAUAAGCACUGGAAACCGAAACAGAAAGCUUGAAUCCUGCCCUAUUUAUUUACCUUGCUUUGCUGUGCGUCUGUCGUCUUGUUAUUAAUCUUCUGUGUUCCUCCGUUUUCUGUUUCUGGUGUUUCUUCUCUCCCCUUGCUCAAGAGCACUCUUCUGCUCUGAAGGCCUUUCCUCACUCCGCAAGGCUCUGCUCCUCCAGGUUGUAUCUCUUAAACACGGUGACAAAGAAAUGGAGCAGGUUCAUUGCAGGGCAGUUGGACUGGAUGACCUUUAAAGGUCCCUUUCAACUCAAACAUCUCUGUGGGUGGCGUGGAACCGCUGGAAGCGUGCAGGUGAUCUCAGGUCCUGCAAAUCAAGUCUUACAAGUAACCCCAGCAGUUAUUUCUGACCUCCUGAUUUGGUUGCAGGUAGGGUCAGGGUCUAAGCUGUGCUUUCAGUUUGGUUACUCUUAAACACUGCUGUGUGCUGCUGAAGCUGCUGUGCAGGUGUGCUGUGUCCACGAGCCAGGUAGGGAGGAGCAGCCCAGCUGUACAACCACUGCUGGAAGUUAAAGGCCACUUCAAGUUACUGAGGUGUAUCGUGAUUUACUUUUUUUUCCUUAUGUCUUGAUUCUGCUAUAUUUUAGAGUCUUAGAAUUCAUGAUCUUACUUUAUCCUUCAUUCUGAUCCCUUCUAAGUACAUUUAAUUAGGCAGUGUUGUUCUUCUUUAUCUUAUUAAAUCAUAUAAUAUAUUAAGAAAGUGGUACCAGCGCUCUGCAUGUCUUCAGUCAUACAUACACACAACACUGAGUUGUGUUUGCCACCAAGAGUAAGAGAAUGAUGGCGGGGAACAGGGAUGAGAACAAAACAGAAGAGGUGUUCCAUGCAUUAAAAUAAAUACCUAAGGCAUUUAAAAGCACACAUGAGAUAUCUUUUAUUGCAUGGCCAAGAACUGCAGUGUGAGGAAGUUGCUGUGUCGCUAUGGGCUCUGUAAUGUUGUUGGUGCACCUGCUGAUGAGGUGUUGCUUGGGCUCAUACAGGAUGAACACACCACAGAGUACAGCUGGGUGUUGUUGCUGUGCCUCAGUAACACCUGGUAUGGAGCAGUGCUGUUAGCUAGGAGAUGGUAUUGAUUUUGACUGCAGCUGUGUGUUAAUCCUGGUAUUUGGGCUGACAUGCAGGAUGAAGUGACACUGGAGGGUAAAUACAAGUUGGGAGGGGUAUGUAGAGAUGUGUAUCGUUCUGUUAUACUCUAGUGUGGGAGAUCCAUGGCAUGUGUUUCAACACCACCAAUGUGUGUCUUUUUAUUAAGUCACACUUAAAAUAUAUACCCAAGAAGCAGCACUUCCUAUAGCAGCUAGUGAUACGAGCGAUUCACCUGGGCUCAGCGGCCUCACUUUUAUUACAGCUUCCCUGGUGCAGCUCCUGCCUCAGUAGUGAAUGGCUUUCUUUAUCUGAUCCACAUCAGCACUGCUUCUCUAAGUGCCAUGGCACAAGUGUAGCGUGUGGGGGCUGUGAUCCCGUGCCCAGGUUUGUUGCUGUUAUCUCACACACAUCGUGGGAGAUUUGCAUUUCCUGUAAGCGCAGAGCCUUCCUUGGUGUGUGUCUAAAAUACUAAAUCUGGUAAUGCUCUUUGUCAUAGAAUCAUAGAUUCAUUAAGGUUGGAAAAGACCUCUAAGAGCAUCCAGUCCAACCAUCCAUCCAUCACCAAUAUUGUCUGCUAACUGCGUCCCUUUGCACCACAUCUGUCCUUGCCUUAAACACCUGCACGGAUGGCAACUGCACCACCUCCCUGGGAACUGACCACUCUUUUGGAGAAGGGGCUGUGUGGAAAUACUCAUAGGCAGACAUGAGACAGAGAAGCUGGCUUUUUUUUUUCCUUCUGUGGGAAGAAAUGAGAUUUCCAUCUUAAAUUGUUGAAGUGCUUCAAGGUCAAGAUCUGCAGGUUCCCGAGCUCAUACUGGCAUGAUGUCUCCAUAGCGCUUUGCAUGCAGUGCUCUUGUGACGUUGGAGGCCUGGGCAGUGUCAGCAGGGUUUGCAGAUGCCUUUGGUGUCACACUAGGAAGCAGAUUCCUGCUGGUGGCUUGUCACAGCGAGGGAUUGGUGUGGGGCUCUGCCUUUUAAAUGAAAGGUUGUUUUCCUGAUUUUUGCAGUACUGUGGGUUGCUUGAUAUAUAUGCACACACACUGAACAGUGUGAUUAUGCCUCACAAAAUGUAAUAAUGUAAAAGCGAGGAUUAGAAAUCUGGUCAUUAUAUUCGUAUUGGACAGUGUAUUCAAUGUGAAGAUUGCACAAGUGGGAAUUGAAGUGAAAUGGCAAAAGGCUCCGAUGUCAUGGAUAACAGGACAGGCUGGCAACCUGAAACCAUCCCUUAAUGGGAGCUGGGGUUGUACAUCUGUGUAAAUAUAUAGAUGGUGAAACUGAUUUUGUUUUUUCGAUGUGUAUGUUUGGCUGUGAUGCAGAUAGCCUGCUUGGUUCAGUGUGCCCUUAAAUGUUUACAGCUAUGCUAGGUAAGUCCUUCCCUGCUGAAAUAAGAAGGUACCAGAGCUGCUACCUGCCUGCUUUUUCCCAUGGAAAGCUGCAGGUUUUGGCAGCAGCAGCUCUUGUCCAACACGUGUGUGCUCGCAGGGAUGGAGAGGAUGUACAUCCUUACAAAAAGGCACCUUUGGAAGAUCAGAGUGCAUCUGAGCUGCCAGCUUUGCUGGCAUGCCGCUUCCAGCCGGUAGCAGAAUACCAGCACCCUUCUUUACAAAUCAGUGCCACCAGAAAUGGAACAGAGCUCACACAAGAGCCCACUGUAGAAGCCUCAAUUCUAGAUAAACUGUCCAAGAUGCACUCCUGCCAGUGGCAGUGUGUGUGUGCACAGCGGUGCAGCUUGCACUGCAGGGCUCUGACCCAACUGCUUUUCUUCUCGCUUUGCUCCAGCAGUGCUUUUGUUUCUGUUGUAACUUUUGUGUAACUUUCAGGUGAAAAAUAUGCUAAGAAGUGUUAUCAAAUGUAAAGUAAUGUUUAUAAACUGGAGGAAAGAGUAAACAUUUGCGGUUAAAUGUAUCCUUAUAUACUGCUUUUUCUCUCCCCAGGUUGUACUGAUGAGAUCCAUACAAAUGUCAUUUAGUAGAUAAAUUCUGAUAACCGAGCCGUUUCCAUAAUAAUUGGGAAUUGUUAUAACUGAGCACAUCAAAUAUUUGAAACUAAGCUGAAUAAUUUCCCUUUUUCCCUAUAGCAAAAUCCUAUUUAUCUAGAAUCAUCUAUUUCAUCUAUUAAAGCUCAUGAGUAGGUGGCUUACAAUGAAAAAUGAUGGUUAAUAUUAUAAAAAUGUUCAACCCAGUAAAUGCAUUUUGACAGGCUUUGAUGGCUUGAAAUCAGUCUUUGUCUGCAUGCAGAAUGGAUUGCUGGAUUUAUUUAGUUGCCACAGCAUGUUUUUGAGCUUAUGCUUUGUAAGUAAAUAUUUUGCUUAUUUGUAGCAAAGCCAUUGGGGCUGAAAUACUGACAGUGGUGUCUCCAGAAGUGCUCAGUGGCUUUUAAGGCUCUGGCGAGAGGCAGGGAUUGAUUCCCACUGGGAAACAAAGGGCAGUGUGAGCACGUCUGAAAACAACUCCUAUCCUUGGUUCUGUGCAGGGAAACAGAAGAGCCACAGUUCAGCAGUAAGCAUUAACAUCAGCACAACCACCUGGAGGUUUAUUCAUGGGUAAAACAAUGGAAUUUAUCUUUGGGUCUCUUGUUCUUUAUUCUUGAAGCUGGCAGCAGGGCUCAGUUUGGGUGGUUAUUCCUGUUUCCAUGCUCCGCUUUGACCAAACAGCCCUAUGAGAUGUGGGACGGUGGGUCUGAGCUGCUUGAGCAACCCUGAAGUAGCUUUGAAAUGUCAGCCCCAAAUAUUCAGAAGGUGCAGGAGAGUGUUGGGAGCCAUAGGGCACAGAGUGGGCAGGUAGGAGAGCUGCUGGAUAUUCCCUGGGCAGGCUUUCCGUGGGGAAUCCAGAUGGCAACUCCAGUGGGCCACCAACCCAUUAAUGCCCAUCUCCAGCUGAGCUUUCUGUGUCCAGCUGCUGCUCCUGGCACGGCUGGCUGGGCCGUUCCUUCCUGCUCAUAGCUAUUUGCAGUGCUUGUUGAGUUCAAUUCAAAACUAAUUGUCCACAGUGGCAGUAAUUGGAAGUUCAGUAUGGAUGUACCAGCUGAAUUCUGUUGUUGAUAGCAGUAAAAUUAUCCAAAGUGGAAAAACUCCGUAAUAACCUGCAAAUACUGACCCUUAGAUGAAGCUUCCUAUCUUGUGUAUGGAGCCCUUCAGCAAAGGCCUGACCACCUGACUGUUCCUCGCUUAGGAAUAGAAAUAAAUGAACAGUCCAUGACCUUAACUUCCAAAACCAAUAACUUGAUGUCAGGUGGGUUUUUUUUUUUUUUUCAGCUGAUAGUUCUUCAGCAUCACAAUGAACCACCUUCUGGCCUGGGAGUGGAAUAUUCUGUUUCUCAUUUGUAGCUGAGCUUGAAAGUGGCAUUAAAUAGCUACACGGCUACUGCAAUUACACGGAUAACCUUUGAAAGCUGUCGUUACGGAGCAGAUAAUCUGUUUUUAAGAGAGCAGCCCUUACCACAGCAGCACCUGAGAGCAGCAUCAGUGUGAGCUCAUGGAGAGAAAAGAUGCUGCAGAAUGGUUGGGUUGGAAGGGGCCUUAAAGAUCAUCUAGUUCCAACCCCUUGCCUGUAUCCCAUCCAGUGUGGGCUUGGGCACCUCAGUGGGACACACAGCUUCACUGGGCCGUUGUACUGCACAGCCACCCCCAGGCAGUGGAGCUCUGAGGUCUGCAGGCUGGUAGUAAGACAUGGGUCAUUUCUUGGUCAGCGGUGUGAGACAUAAAGGAGCAAAGUUAGCUUGGAUUUUGCCCACUUAUGGACAAUGAUAUGUGCUUCUGUAGUUCAUGAGCCACACAGAUUUCUCUCCCUUUUCCCUCUCCUCCCUUCCCUUUCUCUUCCCUCUCUCUCUUUCCUUUUCCUCUUUUCUUUUCCCUCCCCCUUUUCCUCUUUUUAUUUUUUUUUCCAGUUAAGCUCACAGCAGGAAUUCACAACGUCAGGCUGUGUUUUUGCCACUCCCAUCACUCAGCCUCGCACCCGGUGCUUCUCAGCGCGCUGCCCCUUGCAGGACGAGUCGCUCUGGCUCCUUCCCCCGCCCCGUGCCGACCCCUCAGCGGCGGUGCUGGCCGGGACGCGCUGCCACACACCGCCACCUGGCGGCGGGAGGGGGCAGCGCCGCGACCGCAGCGAACACUGGCGGCGCUGCCUGAGGUCCCUUCCUGGUACCACAGCAGCAGAAUGCGCCUCAAACCUGAAGAAGAUUUACAGAGUACAAACAGUGCAGGAUUUCUGGAGUGUCUACAACAACAUCCCUCCCGUGACGAGUUUGCCCCUGAGAUGCAGUUACCACCUGAUGCGUGGAGAAAGACGGCCCCUGUGGGAAGAGGAAAGCAAUGCCAAAGGAGGUAUAUGGAAAAUGAAGGUCGCUAAAGAAAGUACGGCAGCAGUUUGGAAAGAGCUCCUGUUAGCAACUGUUGGAGAGCAGUUCACAGACUGCUGUGCUGCAGAUGAUGAAGUCAUAGGGGUGAGCAUCAGCGUUCGUGACCGUGAAGAUGUUGUACAAAUCUGGAAUGGGGAUGCCUCCUUAGCAAGUGAAGCAAAAGUGUUAGAAAAGAUACAUAAACUUCUGCCUCACACCUCUUUCAGAGCCGUGUUCUACAAACCACACAGAGAGCACCAUGCCUUUGAAGGCCGACGUGGGAGGCAUUAAAUGCAGCCUUACAUUUGUCACUUGCACUGUGGUGAGGUGUCUGAGUGAGAAGGACAGCAGGAGGCCUUGCAGAAACAUAACAUGUCAUGGUCCUCUUGAAUUUUAUGCUUCUCAUUGGGCUCUUGCUACUGAAAAUGAGGAAACACAGUUGCCCUGACUGCUAAAUGUGCCAUUCAUGACUUUUUGCUUAGUUGUGAUUUUAAUUCAUUGGGUUUUUUUUCUUUAAAAAGUUAUUUGGCCACUAUUUUUUUCAAUCAGAUCGUUUGAUUCCUAUGAGGAUACAACACUUUGGAUUUUUCUGAACUGUUUGUAGUUAAAUGCAAACAUGCACAAAUGUUGGGUGCUGCUUUUUUGAGAUGGAGGAAUACUGCCUGGGUGAAAUGUGUUUCAGUUUUCCUUUUGAGACAUUCCUAUCAUAUGAAGAUCUACUCCCUGUCUUUGUCCCGGGAGAUGAAGGAGUUGCAUGGCAUUAUCCUAGCGGGCUCUUGCACUGACAACAGCACACAUCCUGCAAAAGUAAAUAGCAAAGUGUUCACUGAAUGGGCAGCUGAAGAGAUGCAUUUAUAUGGUCUGACCCCGGGUGAGAUGAUGUUGAAUGUUUAAAGUGUGGUGACUCCCAAAGAACCCUGGUUCAGGCUAGGAUUUAGAGAUUUUGCAGUAAGAAACCCUGUGAACCCCCCACCUCCAAUUUAUUUCAGAAGGGAUGGUGCUUAUAAUCUUUUCAGCUUAUGAUCUUUCUCUGUACAUUCAUGACAGAAGUCACAAAUUCUUUCUAACCCAUUUGCCUAACCUGAUUCAUCCCUCAUGCUUCUGGAGAUGUUAGGCCUGCACCUGUAGAGGCUCAGAUCAGAAGUGCUGUUUGCUUUGGUGCAAAGGAAGAAAUUCUGUCACUCGUACUUCCAAGCUGUCAUGGCUCCCCAGGUCACCUAUUUUCUUUAAUUUACAGGAAACAAAUGGAUUUUGUUUUGUGGCAUGAAUGUGAAUAUUAACUGCUUUAAUCUGUAAAUGUUUGUAUUAAUUGAGGUGCUGGUUUGCUUUACUGUUCUACCAAAGAUUAAUUUAUCUCCUUGUGCAAGAAGAAGCCAUAAGAUAGAGAAGGAUUUGCACUCUGCUCAGCAUUGCUUUGUGGGUAAGAGUUCUUGUUUGGCAGCUGGUCCAAUGGCACUGAUCUCCACAUGUUUGGUGUAUGAAGAAGCAGCCAUUAGAAUCAAAUGUAGCAAUAAGAAUUACACAUAGGAGAGGUUGGUUGUUUUUUAUUAUUAUUAUUAUUAUUUUUUACAACUUUGUAUUUAUGAAUUCAAACUGUGCAGUUAGCGAGCAUUAUUAAUUAAACAAAACUUUGAAAAUCCAA